AUGGCUACCUCGACGACAAAUACACCUACACCAACCACCAGUAGUGCUGCUUCGCCAAGCUGCACCACCGCCAUCCCAGAUAAAUAUGGACAUGUGCCGUUUGAUGCGUGCAAUUCCUAUUACAAUGACAAUCCCAGUUUCGAAGCGAAUCUAGCUUUUGCAGCUAUUUUUGGAACUAGUUUUGUGACGCACAUUGUCCAGGCAAUCCUUCACAAAAAGCGAUUCUGCUGGGUUGUCAUCAUGGGUGCCGCAUGGGAGACGGCAGCGUUUAGUCUACGCACGAUUGGAGCCCACCACCAGCAAGAGCGGCAGUAUGCGCUCUGGGGACUGCUUCUCUUUCUGCUGGCACCGCUAUGGGUCAACGCCUUUGCCUACAUGACGGUCGCUCGCAUGGUCUACUAUGGCCUGCCCGAGAAGAAGAUUUGGGGCAUCCGCGCCGUCAAGUUGACAGUGCUGUUUGUAUGGCUCGACAUCAUAUGCUUCCUGGUGCAGCUGGGCGGUGCAGCGCUGCUGUCCAACAACGACAAUGCAAAUUUAACCAGCAUUGGGAUGAAGAUUUAUGUGGCGGGCAUUGGGCUGCAGCUUGGCUUCGUGGUCAUCUUUGGGGUCAUGACGGCGUGGUUCUACCACCGGAUGCGAAAGGUCUCUCGGGGCCGGAGCAUGGGGCGGCUGCGGUUUUUGAUAUGGACGAUGCUGGCGGUAUUGGUGCUUAUUAUGGUCCGCGUUAUUUACCGCCUGUUAGAGUUCGGACCGGGAAUCAACGCGAACAAUAAGCUUAUCACGAACGAGACGUACCCGCUGGUGCUGGAUGCGAUGCCCAUGGUUCUGGCGCUGGUGUUGCUGAAUGUGAUGCAUCCCGGGCUGGUUCUGCGUGGCCCGGACGGGGAGUUUCCACGGAUGACGCGCAGGGAGAAGAAGACGAGGAAGCAGCAGAUGAAAGAGGAGAAGAAGAGGAAAAAAGAAACAAAGAAGGCUGGAAAGGCUGGAAACUUAACCGAGACAGACAAUAUGACCAAGUUGGCGGAGGACACAGACGGUUCUGCUGCGGGGGUCGGUGUUGGUGGAAGAAGUGCUGAUAGCUGGGAGCUUGGUCCAGUGCAUGACAGGGUGUAG